AGACGGACAGACAGGUGAGACAGGAGGACACAGCUGUGUCUUUGUCUCUGAUGAUGGACGACUACUCUCUUCCUUCGUGGAUAUACAUUGCUGUUCUCACUGUGUUUGUGGGUGGAGUCAUGAAGAAGAUUUUGGCGUCCCAUCUAAGCCCCACCCCUGCCGUGGUGGCGUGGCUGGGCGCCACGGUGCUUGUGGAGCGUCUCUGGGCCUUCUGUGUUCCUGCCGUUCUGGUUCUGGUUCUGCUCGGCGUCAUCUGCUGCCUCUUCUCCAUCACCAGGUCAAUGCCGGCCACCCUGCUGCCAGCACAGGGGAAGGCAGUCUUUAUCACAGGUUGUGACUCUGGUUUUGGAAAAGCGACAGUGAAGCGUCUCGACUCCAUGGGCUUCGAGGUGUUUGCCACAGUGUUGGAUCUGUUAGGAGAUGGCGCUAGAGAGCUGCAGAGGACCUGCUCGUCCCACCUGACCCUCCUCCAGGUGGACAUCACUGAUCAACAGCAGGUCCAUCAAGCGCUGCUGGACACCAAGGCCAAGCUGGGCCUAAAGGGUCUCUGGGGUUUGGUCAACAACGCCGGCGUGUGUGUAAACUUUGGAGAUACAGAACUGUCACUCAUGUCAAAUUUCCGCGGCUGCAUGGAAGUGAACUUCUUCGGGACGCUGAGUGUCACCAAGAACUUCCUGCCUCUGCUGCGACGCUCCAGAGGACGCAUCAUCUCCAUCUCCAGCCCUGCAGGUGAUCAGCCGUUUCCAUGUCUGUCAGCGUACGGAGCCUCUAAAGCCGCUCUCAACCUCCUGGUCAACACUCUGAGACACGAGCUGGAGCCGUGGGGCGUCCAAGUGUCUGUCGUCCUGCCGUCCUCAUACAAGACAGGUCAGACCAGUAACCACGCCUACUGGGAGGAGAAACAUAAACAGCUGCUGCAGAGUCUUCCUCCAUCACUGCUCGAAGAGUACGGCGAGGACUACGUCAAUGAGACCAAAGAUUUGUUCGACAGCUUCUCCAGUGAGGCCAACCCUGACCUCAGCCCCGUGGUCAAUGCCAUCGUGGAAGCGCUGCUGGCGCCACAGCUGCAGCCGCGAUACUUCGCCGGUCCUGGUGUUGGACUCAUGUACUUCAUCCACAGCUACUGUCCCUUCAGUCUCAGCAACCGCUUCCUCCAGAAACUGUUUAUGAAGAAGAAGCUGGCGCCGCGAGCUCUCAGGAAGCAGUCCAGCUUUGAGGUGAGCAGCAACAACAACAACAACAACAACAACAACAACGAUGAGAAGCUCAUGUAGCAGCAGUGACAAAGCGUGCAAAUGCCCCCAUCUGGACACACCUGGAGGUCAGGGGGUGGAGCCUGUUAUCAUUUGUCCUUCAUCACAGAUGAUAUAAACAAUGAAGGAGCAGCGGUUUGUUUUAACCUUUGACCUCUGACCUUUGUCCACAUUCACACUUGUUUUAAAUAGUCUUCUCCUUGUCGUGUCAAUGUUAUACGUCUGCUGACUCCGCCCACUGUCGAGAAUGGCAAACCUCCAUGGUUAUGCUGCACUUAGAGCUUAUACAGUUUAAAAUGUGACAGUGUCACGUGUUGCCCAACUGCAUUGUGGGUCAUAUUUACCUCUUUAACCACUUUAAAUGUGACAUAAACUGAAUAGUGUGAGCACCAGCCAGUCAGUCAGAUCAGUCAGAUUACAACAUGUAAACAAUCAGAUUACAACAUGUACACAACCAGAUUACAACAUGUAAACAAUCAGAUUACAACAAUCAGAUUACAACAUGUAAACAAUCAGAUUACAA